AUGGAGAGCAAGGAGACAAGGGAAGAUCAACAGCAAUGCGAUCAUGGCACUAAGUCGAAUGCUCCUACCAAAUGCAUUGCUGUAAUUACUAGUGGUGGAGAUGCUCAGGGUAUGAAUGCAGCAGUUAGAGCAGCGGUGCGAAUGGCUAUUUAUAAUGAUGCUCGUGUCUUUGCAGUACAUGAGGGUUAUCAAGGCUUAGUUGAAGGAGAAGAUUUCAUUAAAGAAAUGACAUGGUCUAAUUUUCUUAUUGUACUCAUUCUAAAGGGGGGAACAAUCAUUGGAACUGCCCGAUGUCAGGAAUUUAGAGCAAAAGAAGGCAGAAUCAAAGCAGCUAAAAAUCUUGUUGGUAGGGGCAUCAGUAAUUUAAUGGUCAUCGGUGGCGAUGGUAGUCUUACUGGAGCAAACCUUUUUCGACGGGAAUGGACAGAACUGUUGACGAUAUUAAUUGAAAGAGGUGAAAUACCUGAAAACAGCCUAAUUGAAUAUCCUGUAUUAAAUAUCGUUGGUCUGGUUGGCUCGAUAGAUAACGAUUUUUGUGGUACCAAGAUGACCAUUGGUGCCGACUCUGCUUUGCAUAGGAUUCUUGAGUGCGCAAAUGCAAUUAUCACUACCGCUUCAAGCCAUCGUAGGACAUUUGUUCUUGAAGUGAUGGGAAGGCGCUGUGGCUACCUAGCUCUAAUCUCCGGACUCGCUAUUGGAGCGGACUGGAUUUUUAUACCCGAAGUUCCGCCUGAAGAUGGAUGGGAAGAACGCAUGUGUGCUCAAUUGAAAGCAGCCAGAAAUGUUGGAAAUCGCCUCAAUAUUAUUGUUUUAGCUGAAGGUGCAGUAGAUAUUCAUGGAAAUGCUAUCACAGCGGAGCAAGUCAAACAGAUCUUGGUAAAAUAUGCACAACAAGAUACGCGUAUCACUGUUUUAGGACAUGUUCAGAGGGGUGGAUCACCCUCUGCGUUUGAUAGGAUUUUAGGAUGUCGCAUGGGUGCUGAAGCUGUACUGUCGUUACUCGAAUCAACAGUCGAUACUACUCCUUUCGUCAUCGGAUUGCAGGGGAAUGACAUGAUUAGGGUACCUUUAAUGGAGUGUGUCGAAAAGACUCGCAACUUGGCUAAAGCGAUGGAUGAACAUAAUUUCGAAGCCGCGUUAGAUUUACGAAAUUUUGGAAACACUUUGUCGAUAUUUAAAGGUUGUAACUAUUACAGCCCAAUACCCUGCGACCAAAAAUUCCGCAUAUGCAUCAUGGCUGUUGGUGCUCCAGCUGCAGGAAUGAACGCCGCUAUUAGAAGUGUGACACGACUGUCUAUCAAUCAAGGACACGAAGUAUUUUGUAUACGAGACGGAUUUGAAGGCCUCUUAUCUGAUACGGACAACGUACAAAAAAUGGAAUGGGUAACAGUUCACGAUUGGAUCGCUAAAGGUGGUUGUGAUAUUGGUACAAAACGAACACUACCGAGUGUUAACAUGGAAAAGAUUGCAGCCGGCUUUAAAAAGUAUAAAUUUCAUGGUCUUGUCAUUAUCGGUGGAUUUGAGGCAUUUAAGAGUGCUACUCAGCUACUGGAGGCUCGAAAUACGUUCGAAGCGUUUGCAAUUCCGAUAAUUGUCAUUCCUGCAACAUUAAGUAAUAAUGUACCAGGAACCGAUUAUUCACUUGGAACUGAUACAUCACUUAAUGUUAUUGUCGAGGUUUGCUAUCACAGAAUUCGGCAAUCAGCCACUGCUGCAAAUCAUCGCGUAUUUGUAGUUGAGACAAUGGGAGGAAAUUGCGGCUAUUUGGCGACCAUGGCAGGUCUCGCUAGUGGUGCUGAUGCUGCUUAUAUUUUUGAAGAAAAAUAUAAUAUUAAUGAUCUUCAGGGUGAUGUCGCGCACAUGAUUGCAAAAUUCAAACAGGAUAAAAUCCAUCGGGGAUUAUUGUUAACGAAUGAAUUCUGCAGCCGUAACUACGACACUGAUUUCAUCACAAGAUUAUUUGCAGAUGAAGGAAAGGAAUACUUUACGACAAGGAAGAAUGUUUUAGGACACGUCCAACAGGGCGGAUAUCCAUCACCAUUUGAUAGAGUUCUGAGUUCAAGAUUUGCUUAUGCUGCUACGUCAUUCCUGAUUCGAGAAAUCAAGAACAACAUUCGCGGCGAUGGGGUAAUGAAUGCUUCACAUCCAUCUACCGUGGCUCUCGUAGGCUCACAAAACAGGAGUUUAAGAAUAUCUCCUGUUACAGAUCUGAUGGCAGUUGCAGAUUUCGACAAACGAAUUCCGAAACAGCAAUGGUGGAUGAGAUUGAGGCCACUUAUGCGCAUUUUAGCACAUCAUAAACAGACAUUCCAGAGGGAACUUCGUCCGGAGAAUGCUGAUACCGAGUAG